AUGUCCACGCCGCCAGUUCGACAGUGGGGAGUCACUCCUCCCAUUUCAACUGCUCUUCCUACCUCAGACGAACUCGCUGCCAAUGAUGAUUUAAUCUCCGAGCUCAAGACUCAAAAUAACUUUGAGAGCCCUGCGGAGACUGAGCGGAGGAAACAAGUGCUUCAGCUUCUUCAGCGCGUCGCUCUCGAAUUCGUCAAGGUUGUCAGUCGCAAGAAGGGAUUAUCCCCUGCAGCAGUUGAAGCUGCAGGAGGAAAGAUCUUCACCUAUGGAAGUUAUCGCCUGGGUGUUUAUGGUCCUGGCUCGGAUAUCGAUACGCUGGUCGUCGGACCGAAGCAUGUCCUCAUCGACGAUUUCUUCUCGGAUUUCCCUCCUGUGCUCGAGAAGAUGGCUCCCCCUGGGGCUAUCGAAAAGAUGACGCCUGUUCCUGACGCCUUCGUGCCUAUCAUCAAGAUGGAGUUGUCUGGCAUCAGUAUCGAUUUGAUCUUCGCUCGUUUGAUCGUGUCUUCCGUUCCUCUCAAUCUCGACCUGAAGAAUAAUGAUUAUCUAAGGGGACUUGAUGAGAAGGAAGUUCGGUCGUUGAACGGUACCCGAGUCACAGAUGAAAUUCUGGAGCUGGUGCCCCAGCAGAAGACAUUCCGCCUUGCCCUGCGCGCAAUCAAACUAUGGGCCCAGCGUCGGGCAAUCUACUCCAAUAUCGUAGGUUUUCCGGGUGGUGUUGCCUGGGCCAUGCUGGUGGCACGAGUGUGUCAACUCUACCCUCAGGCCACUGGCUCCGUGAUUGUCGGCAAGUUCUUUCGCAUCAUGAACAAGUGGGCGUGGCCUCAGCCUGUCUUACUCAAGCCGAUUGAAGAUGGACCCCUUCAGAUCAAAGUUUGGAACCCAAAGAUUUACCAUGGUGACCGAUUCCACCUUAUGCCCAUCAUCACCCCCGCCUACCCAUCGAUGUGUGCGACGCACAAUGUCUCGAUGUCUACGAAGGCCGUCAUUCUCCGUGAGCUUCAGCGGGGAGGCGAUAUCGUUGAUAAGAUUUUUCUAAAGCAAAUGACUUGGAACGAUCUUUUCGCUCGUCACUCAUUCUUUACACAGGAUUACAAAUACUAUCUUAGCAUUACUGCGUCGAGUAAGACUAAGGAGGCAGAAUCUGUCUGGUCUGGUCUGGUCGAAUCUAAAAUCAGACAUUUGGUCGGAGCUCUAGAUCGCAAAAAUACAAUUGCCGUGGCUCACCCAUUUCCAAAGGGUUUCGAGAGGGUACACCUUGUCUCCAGUGAGGAAGAAGCAGAGGCCGUCAAGAACGGCUCUACUAAGUACCAGGACAAAGGCACAAAGACUGAAACCACAGAUGAGACGAACGAUAUUGCGCACCAGGCUGCCGCGCAGAACGGAGUAGAGAACGCCGAGGUUGAACCUGUUGGUCAGAAAGAAAAUGGCGAUAGUCGGACGAUCUACACUACGACUUAUUACAUCGGACUGGAAUUGAAGCCUUUGGAACCAGGUGCGUCUCGGUCGCUGGACAUCUCUACCGAUGCUCAGAUCUUCAAAUCAACAUGCACCUCGUGGGCGGGAUACCAACCCGGUAUCAACGAUCUGGCAAUUACACACGUUCGCAACUUCGACCUUCCAGAUGAUGUUUUCCAGCCAGGAGAGACCCGUCCCACUCGGCCCAAGAAGAAGAUCAUCAGAAGACCCGAAGCGGGUGCUCAGAAACGAGGCAUCGAAUCAGUGGACGAUCCAUCGCACUCCGCUGCAAAGCGCCACGUCGCGUCCAACGGCAUCUCCAGCACGCCAACUCCCGCAUGA